GUUAUUAAGAGAACCAAAAGCCUAGAUUUUGAAGUCAUCUCCAACUCCAACAAUAUAUAUGUAUAUACAGAAAUUUGGAUCAUGAGCGCCAAGGAAAUUGAGCUGAGUGUGAGCAUUAGCAACCAGAAAUGCCGAAUUAGAAUUCUUAAAGCAGUUGCGAAGCUUACAGGUAGUGUGGAUGUGCUCAAAGUUGAUGCUGAGAAAGGACAGCUAACUGUUGUGGGGAACGUGGAUCCCGUCGCCGUAGCGACGGCGAUCAGAAAAGCUGGUUAUUCGGCCGAUAUUACAAGCGUUGGACCACCUAAGAAACCCGAUCCCAAACCUGUUGAUGAUCCGAAGAAGCCGCUGCAGCCAACGCCAGUGCCGGACGUGUCUCGUGCCCAAUGCCAGCUUGUCGCAGUGACUUACGAUACUACCUACGAAUACGAUAGUGCAUUUUGUUCUAUUCUCUAAAGAUAAGCCAAACAUAAACGUAUUGUUUAAUGAUAAUUUUCAACAUAUUUGG